GCCGGGGGAGCGAUUUUGACAGCGUACGACACCGAUGGCCGGAAAUGAACUCGGCAGAAACAAGUAAGCGACUUGAAGGUUCCGCUCUAGUUGCGACGCUCUGUCCGUCACACGACAACUGAAAAGAUAAGGAAUCGGCGAACAGGUCAUUUUCCACGGCGAUGUGAUCGAUGGCUUUUCUGCUUUGAACCAUCCUGUCAAGUCUCUUGAGUGACGUGCCCCUACACACAGAAAUGGCAGAGCGAUACACCGAUACCACCCUGCAGCACACAACAGGAAUUUGGAACGAUAACACAAAUAUGGACCAUGAGCACAAUUUGAAAGAGACCGAAAUUGUAAAGCGGCAAGACACAGGAGACGGUGGUUCUGUUAAUGAGAAGGUUUUGCCAAAAGGAUCCUCUCCUCCACCUGAUGACGGCACACAGGAUGUGGAGCAGAGCAGCACCCAUUCUCAGGCUGAGGACGAGGAGGAGACGGAGGAGGAGACGACGGUGAAAACUGAGAUUUCUAACCUCACUGGGCAUAAGGAAGCACCUGAAGCCACCGGUUCACCAACCCCGGACGGAAGAAAGGCUGACCAAGUAGAUGGACGCAUAGGUAGAAUUAAGGAAGAAUCACACAGCGUUAAAGAAACAAACAUUGAUGCUGGAGGGGAUAAUGAAAGAGUUCCACCACAUGCUUCCUCUGAGCAGGAAAUCUCAAAAGAAGAAGAGGAAGAGACACAUGUAAAGGGAAAUGCCAUUGUAAACAUUGGCCCCACCACUCUGGAGACCACUGAACCCGAAGUUCCAGUGGAGGUUCUUGCAGGUCCAGAGUAUGCUUCCCCGCAGCAGGGAAUCUCAGAGGAGGAGGAGGAAAAGGAAGAGAUACAUGAACAGAGAAAUAGUUUUGAAAACAUUGGCCCCACCACUCCGGAGACCACUGAACCCAACGUUCCAGUGGUUACUGGAAAUCUAGGAGGGCAUUUAAUGUUCCUGAUACCAGUGGUUUUGGUUUUAGUCGCUGCCAUCCUGCUGCAUCCCCUCCAGUCUGAGUCUCCACUGCAGACGAGCAGUGUAGACAUCUUCCUCGGGCAGAUGGAAAAAGUGAAGGCUCAGUUCCCUCACCAGCAUGUUGAGCUCUGGAAGAGGAGCAGGAUCCACCUGCAGAGGCACCUCCAGACGGCCCAGCCCACAGCGCCCGUGAGUCUCAUCCUGACUGCCGGCCUCAGGGCCGAGAGGACGCUGCACUGCCUGGCCCGGGACCUGGCCUCCGCCUUCUCUUUCGCCCUCAAUGCCUCCGUCCUCCACAUCGACGGAGCCAGCAAAACCAGCCAGGACAGCGACCAGGUCAAACUGGACUUAGAUGGCAAGUUACAGGGAGCUUUCGAGGGCGACAAGCCCGUGGCUGUCAUUCACCGCUUUGAGGAGCUGCCCCCGGGCUCCACUCUCAUUUUCUAUCGCUACUGUGACCACGAGAACGCUGCCUACAAGGGGACUUUUCUGAUCUUCACCGUGCUGCUCGAAGAAGAAGAGGAGAUUCCUGCCAAUAUUCGUUUGAGCGCUGUGGAGGAGAUGGUGGAUGACCACCUUAAGAAGAAGUUCCUCUCUCAUGGCCACCCUGUAUCUUUUGACAGGAUGGACCUCAACAAGUACAGUGGACUGUGGAGCCGCAUUUCCCACCUCAUCCUUCCAGUGGCAGCAGAGGACAGGAUAGAACACGAAGGCUGUCCAGGGGUGUAAAUAAUCACUGAAGUACAAAAGUACUGCAAUGUAUCAGAUCUUUCACUGGGUGACUCCAGUCAUUGUUGGGGCAUGUACAGUGGUUUUAAAGACCCAAAGAUUUCUAACUAAAUUGAAGCUCACUACAGUUGAAGGCAUGGUGUAGAAAUAAGACACUAAUGAUAAUUAUCCAAUGGGAUAUUAUCUGCUUAUUCUCAAAUGUCCCUGAGCAUUCACCACAAAAAUAAUGUUUGAUAGAACACUGGCACUUUAUUAGUAUUUGAUGAGAGGUAAUGACGAGCUGCAAUAUGAAGGAGUGAUUUAAUUGUUGGGUGGUGAGGAAUUUACAGUGUGUGUACAAUUUUGAUGGUAACUACCGCAACGUUUGUAAAUGUUAAAAGUUAUUUAAUGAAAGACCAUUUGUCUAUGGGUAAAAAAACGAAUCAUUGCAACAACAAAAAAAAUCAUCUGGUAUCACAACACAGGGCUUAUUCUUUUAUUAUGACAAUUUUUUGUGUGAUUCUCAAACCUGCGCGGCACCAUGUGCCUUUUUAAGAACAGCUCAUGUACCAUUUUAUGUAUAUAUACACACAAACCGGAUCACUGGAACAAGUUUGAUCAAGAGAAAGGAUUACGCAAUGAAAUGUGCCUUAAUGUACAAAUAAACCUACAAGUUCAAAA